AUAAACACUAAAUCUUUGGAAACCACCAACUUGUACCAAUAUCCAGUAUUUUUCACGAGCCCCGCGACCAUCGACCAUGGGGAAAGGACCAGGUGUGACCAGUGGUAUGCUUUCUUGUCAAGCAUUCUUGCCAAAGCAUUGAAACCAUCAGCCUGGCUACUGACAACAUUCAGUUCAUAAUAAAACUAGCUAGAGGAAGAAGGGAAACUAAUGGAAUUUCGACGUGGCAAUCUCGUUUUUUUGGCUCUGCUGCUGCUUUCACUGGCCACUCGGGUAUCUGCCGCCAAUGAUGCCAAGAGGAAGGAUGACACGGACCAGGGAUCGGUCGACCAAAACAAAUAUCAACAACGAUGUGCUGACGGAGAUGACAGCGAAACCUGCAAAGUCAGAGUUGUGACAGUGGAAGAAUUAUCCACCAAGAAUGGAGAAGAUGGAGGCAAAGAACUCUGGUUGUCCCUUUUGGGCAAGGUCUACGAUGUUUCCAAUGGACCCCAGUACUACGCACCCAAAUCCGGCUAUCACAUUUUUGCCGGUCGAGAUGGGACCAUUCCAUUCAUUACAGGAAAUUUCACUGACGAGGAAUGCGCCAAACACACUGACGAGCUGACAGCCGCACAACUGUACUCCAUUGAUCGAGAAUGGGCCAAUUUCUACGCCAAGGAGGAAAAGUACCCCUUUGUGGGAUUCCUGUGUUGUCGAUUCUACGAUGAACAAGGACAACCCACCGAGGAAACACAACGAGUCUGGGAACGAGUCAAAUCCUACGAAAAAAUCAAAGCUGCCAAAGCCAAAGAGCGAAAAGAGAAGCGAAAAAUGAUGAUGAUGGCAACACCCAAAACGGCAACCACAUGAGCAAGCUGUCAUGAUAGCCAACAAGAGCCAUGAAUAGUAUCAAUAAUUGGAGGAGGAAUCGAAAAUGUACAAAAGCCGACAAUACGCCUCUGAAGACUGAUUCUGGAACCUCAAUGAGAAUGGAAAAUAACAUAGGGAAAUACAUAGGAAACGAUACUGCUAAACACAAGCCAUCAUUCUAUAUUGGCAGGACAUUCAAUCUUUGCCAGGUUAUUCAUUAUGUGU